GAAAAGAAGAGAAAAAAGGGGUUUAGUGCAGCUGAGGCAAGUAGUACCUCUCAGACUCUCGGAUCAACUAGCUCAUAAAUUUGACGCAGGAGAGGAGCUUCAGCUUCAAUGGCCUCCCUUGCCUCGAUCUUCCUUCUUCUUUCCGUUACGUCUUCCUUCUUCAGCUCUUCUGCCGAAAUUGGGAGGAAGGAACUGAGGAGUAAGGAAACCAUCCAAGAAACUGUCAUACAUUUUGGCCACUCAGUUCAUUCUAACCGAAUUGACCCGUCACACGUUGUCCAACUAUCUUGGCAACCAAGGGUGUUUUUAUAUAAAGGUUUUCUAUCAGAUGAGGAGUGUGACCACCUUGUUUCUUUGGCACUCGGGGGAGAAGAUAAAUCUGUGACCGAAUAUGAUGAGUUAGGAAACACCAACACCAUGAGGCUGCUUAAAAGCUUAGAAAUUCCCUUGGUCAUGGAGGACGAGGUAGUUUCAAGGAUUGAGGCAAGAAUUUCAGCUUGGACUUUCCUUCCGAAAGAGAACAGCAGAGCUUUACAAGUUUUCCAUUUUGGGAACGAGGAGGGUGACAAGAAUUUCAACUACUUCGGUAACAAGUCCACAUUGGAACAAACCGAGCCUUUAUUAGCAACAGUUGUUUUGUAUCUCUCAAAUGUCACUCGUGGUGGUGAGAUUCUAUUCCCCGAAUCACAGCUGAGGAGCAAGGUCCGGUCUGAUUGUAGAAGGAGCAGCAGCAUCUUGAGACCCAUUAAAGGGAACGCGAUUUUGUUUUUCACUCUUCAUCCGAAUGCAUCACCGGACAAGAGCAGUCCACAUACCAGAUGCCCUGUACUUGAAGGGGAAAUGUGGUGUGCCACAAAAUUCCUUCAUGCUAAAUCCAUUGGUGGCGAGAAGAUCUCAUCCGAUUCUGGGAGCAGUGAAUGCACCGAUGAAGACAGUAACUGUCCCAGGUGGGCUUUGAUGGGGGAGUGUCAAAGGAACCCGGUUUUCAUGGUUGGUUCCCCUGAUUACUACGGGACUUGCAGGAAGAGUUGUAAUGUGUGCUGAUGGCCAAACGGGACUUGCAGGAACUAUUGUUUCCACAGUGCACAUACUAAAGACAUGGUACCAUUCUUAUUUGAGCUUGCAAUUUUAAUUGUCAGAGGUUCAAGCUCUUAAAGCGUUAAAGAUUCUAUGUUGUAUAAUAUCCUAAGGGUAACCUAUGGAUGUUGGUUUUCGCCAA